AUGGGUCGUAUGCCGAAUCCGUCACCCAUACGUCUAGCUAAGGACGGCGAUUCAAGCAAAGCGGCGGAGGCAGCCACUGCAGCCAGUACAAACAUUUCGCAGUACUCCGCAGACCAAUUAGAGUUCUGCGUGAAGUGUUUUCGAAGAACACCAGCCGACAACGAACUCGAAGAUGACUGGCUGAAGUCUAGUGUUUGUGGGAUGUGA